AGUUCAGCAGCACAAUGUGAGCAAAGAAUCAUGACAAUAGUCUAUAGUGGUUGGGUCCUACAUAUUCUGGAUCCAGUUAGGUAUAUGUUUGGUGUUCAUAGGAAUACAUGAUUGUUUCUCGUAUAAGCAGCCUAGGGAAUGGGGCAGAGUGUCUGUUUCCUCUCUUGUGCUUUGGUUUCUUCUCUCCUUGGUGGAGUGGAAGAAAAGGACAAGAAUUUCCAACACAGCAAGAAAAAGCUGUGUUUCUUGUCUUUCUCCUCUGAUCUGUCUAUAACUCCUGCUGUGGCCCUCCCUUUGGGCCUUAAACUGUGUAUAUGUUGAAAGAAAGUCAUAUCGCCCUUGCUUCUUCAGGUAACAACUUCCCUGAUUCAUCUUCGAUUCAUUUGAGUCAAUUUGCACUAUACAUUUUGUUUAUUUGAAAAUUGCAACUUCUUAAGAACGAGAUAACAUGAGGUUAGUGCAAAAGGUAUCAACCAGAUAUUUCAUUCGAGAUACCUCAGUUCUGAUACUUCAAUCAGAUGGCAUGAACGGAUGGACCUAAAAUGUGCUAAUCCAAUCCAUCAAUGAUCUUACGUAUGCAUAUACAUUACCUUGUAUGGCAUGAAUUUUUGGUGAUAAUAUAGUUGCAUCCGAAUUCUGACAGUGCCAACCUAAACCUUCUUGCGUUAGCCUACUUUCAACUGCUGGCAGUACACUUCGUUGCUACCCUGGUCAUAUUUCAAAUCCCACCAACUGUGUUCCAAGGAGUUGAUGUGUCUGGAAAGGCUUCUCCAGGGCAGUACUUUCCAUAUGUCAGCUGCGACCUGAACUUGUUGAUCUAGUUUUAGUUUGGCUUUGUUGCACCGGAUGCUUGAAUUGUUCUCUUAUCACAAGAUAGUGAACCGGCUACGAGGUCGUAUAGAAAAGUAUUUUCCAUAUCUAGGAGCCAGGGUUUUCAGCUUGUUCCCAUAAAGGCCAUCAUUGAUGUGUUAUAUAGUUGCAUCCGAAUCCAUAUAUUCAUUAGAAUAUAUAAUUUCUUUGAUGUGUCGUAUGAAAAAAGUGAACUAUUGCAAUUUAGUACUGCCAUAUAUCAAGAAUUCCAUGAUAGAGCAACGGGAGAGUAAAACCUGCGGACACCAAACUAAUACUACUAAAGUUGACUAGUCUCUUGAGUCUGAAUUAACAUAACAGCGGGUCCAUGUUACUAUGUUAGCGGAGUUUACAUUUUGCGCCACGCAGUAAGUUCUUGUUUUACUUAUCAUUCUAAUGUUUUUAUCUUCUACUCCCUCCGUAAAGGAAAAUUGCUGGAUUGCUGUCAAGCCAAAUUAUUUCUUUACGGAGGGAGUACAAGUUAUGCUGGAUUGCUGUCAAGCCAAAUUAUUUAGCAGAGUGCCUUAUCACCAUUGUAGUUGCAUAUUUGCAUUGUGAACUAAUUGCUGCUGUGGUAUUAUCAUGCAGUAGAAGACAGGCCAAAAGUUACUUUGGAUUUGUUUGAAGUUCAAGCUAGGCCAUCAUUAAUCUUGGUCGUUAGCAAUUUAAGAAAGGGUCUAGUAAUUUUUUGUUGAUCUCACAGUAAUGCAAUUUUUCUGAACCGCAGGAACUUAGAUUGUGUGAUCAAGUAUGCUAGCUGCAGAUAGCAAUGCAGGGCACAAUAGGCAAUCGACACGCCCCAAAAGUGGCUAUGAACCUUCAGAUACAGAAACUGAGUGGCAUGAUAGCCCUUGGAAUGAUGCAAUAUUGAAAUCACAGCGGACUCGGUUGCCUAAAGAUCCUGCUAAGGACCCCCAAGUUGGUGCUAGAAGGCAAAACACAUCUCCUAACCGUGUAAGAGAUUAUCCUGACGAGAAAACUUCAAGCUUGAGGAAUAAUCGUACUCCGCCCAGGGUCACCGAACAGAGGCGCCAUACUUCCCCAUAUGCUGGUGGAAACAAUGAAUCACGCAAGAAGAGCAGCCGGACACCUCCCAGAUUUCGGUCUUCUAUGGAAAAAUUUAGUCGAUCGUCGAUCAAGGAGAGGAUAUCCCGUAGCCGGUCAAUUUCUACACCGAAACUACGACCUCAUGAGAAGGAGCAUCCUUCUAGAGUUCCUGCAUUCCGUGGCACUCCUGUCUCAACACAGGUAGAAAGAGACUCAAUUGAUGUUAUGAAAGGUGGUUCACAUGCAGAAAAUUGUUCCCCAGAGAUCAAUGAGUUAGUUGCAAAUAGCAAGGGGCCUAGUUCCAAACAUAAUGAGUACACAUGUACAAGCACAGAGUCUGCAGGUGACAUCUUCUUCUCCCGUGACUGUAGGGCCCCGCUUGCGAAAACAUUAGUAAAGAAUAACAGUAUUGACAAAUCCUUCACCUCUGAUUCAAACGUCGAUGAUGCUGAUGUUACUCAAGCAAAUAGCAAUAAUUUGGGCCGGACAUCACAGUUUGUUUCAGUCAGGACUGGUUUUUCACGAACUACAAACACCGGCUAUGCUAAUGGUCGGCACUCCCAAGUUAGCAGUGGCACCACUUUGAGUAGGCGGUUAAACAGUGACCGGUUUAGUGGGGACAGUGGAAAGUUCAGUGAUUUCACUGGGAAACUAGUUGGAGGCGUCAUGAAAUUCACCUCUAGCAGGCAGAAGACCCAAAAUGAUGCUUGGUUUCCAUGUGUGAUUGGAAAGUCAUGUCGUAAACCAGAACCGACGAACCACAAAACAAAUGAUGAUUCUGAAUCAACUUUUAUUCGGAAGGCACUUGUUGUGGAGAAGAUUAGACUUUUCUGGGCUGAUAAAUAUCGUCCACGGACUUUGAGUGGAUUUACUUGUCACAGGGAGCAAGUUCAACAGCUUAAGCAAUUGAUCUCCCCUGAGUUUUGCCCUCAUAUCAUUCUCAAAGGGCCUCCAGGAUCAGGAAAGAGAUCAUUAUGCAGAGCAGUACUCACUGAGAUCUUUGGUGAUUCCUCUCUGAAUGUAUCUCACUAUUUGAAGAGUUGCAAUGCCCAGGGACCUGCAUCUGCCCCCAUUUUUGUCCCAUUGUCAUCAAGUGAUCACCAUGUCGAACUCAAUAUGAGGUCUCAAUCCAAGAAUGCCAGAUAUGCUUUGACAGCUCUGGCAAAUGAAAUGUCAAGUAAGCAUAAAAUCACUGAGAUAUCUGCAACAAAGAACUUCAAAGUUAUUGUUCUCUAUGAUGUUGACAAAGUUAGUGAGAAUAAUCAGCGUUUGAUAAAAUGGAUAAUCGAUUCCUCCUCUGAUUCAUGCAAGAUAAUAAUGACUUGCCAAGAUGGGCCCCAUCUUCUUGAUUCUAUUACAAACCGUUGUAAGCUUAUUAGCAUUGGUGUGCCAAAUACACGUGAGGUUGUGGAGGUUCUCAAUCACAUAUCAAAAAGAGAGAGUUUCGAUCUCCCCGCAAGUUUGGCUUACACCAUUGCGACUCGAUCCGCGCACAACAUGAGGGAGGCGAUAUUGGCUCUGGAGGCAUGCAAAGCUAACAAUUACCCCUUUGUUGAUGGACAAGCUAUACCGCUAGGAUGGCAUGGUGUUCUUGAGGAACUCGCAGCAGAAAUUUUAGAAGAUCCUUCUCCCAAAAGGUUGUUUUUGGUACGAGGCAAGCUCCAAAAACUUUUGGUUGAAUCCGUGCCUCCUAAACUUGUUCUCCAGAAACUUGUAGAGCUUUUCCUAAAGGGAAUCCAUGCUAACAUAAAGAGAGAUGUUUAUUACUGGCACGCCUACUACGAUAAGAGGUUGCCAGCUGGAGCCAGUGCACUGCUGAAACUGGAAGAAUUUAUCGCCAAGUUCAUGAGCAUCCACCGGAAGAGCUUGGCAGCCGAUUCAUGAAGACUCCACUAGACCAUCCGAGAAAAUUUGGCAUGCCUGCACGCAGUUCAGCUGAACCCUGCAGCCAGUAUGUAUUUGGUUCACCAGUCAUGGAGCCUGCCGGCGUUCAUAGUAGAAGUAUUUUGGAGUGGGGAAACGAGAUGAAACGAAACGGGGACUGAAACCAGUCCGUUGUGCAGUAAGCCUAUGCUAUGUACAGUACUCCCUCUGUCCGAAAAUACUUGUCAUCAAAAUGGAUAAAAAAAGAUGUAUCUAAAACUAAAAUACGUCUAGAUACAUCCCUUUUAUCCAUUUUGAUGACAAGUAUUUCUGGACGGAGGGAGUACAUGUGUUUUUUGUGCAUUUGGUCCGUGUCUGUACUCGACGAGUCUAUUAUGCAUUUUCACAUCGGCGGAUUUGGAAUGUGAAGGAAUAGAACUUCACAGGUGUUUGAAGUUUGAGUAUAUGUGGAGUCGUUUGCUAGAGCAUCUUAAGGGCAAUGGUCAAAUUUGACGUCCCAUAUGUCCGCGGACAUGGCAAUAGUCAAAUUUGGCACUCUGUAUGUUCGUGGACAUCAGGUGUCGAGCCUCAUUUGUAUUCGUCUAAUGGCGUCCGUUGACGGUGUAGUUGUACUCCGGAGUCUCCCCAUCACACUGUCUUUAAAGAAGGAAGAUCGUUGAAGAGACCAUGCUAUGUUGAAGAAAGAGUGUCACCUUCACAAGUCUUUGAUGUAACUACUUCAAUAAUGUUGGUGGGCUCUUUGAUGUUUCCUUGGUAUUGCCCUAACAAACCUACCAGACAGUUCUUCUAUUACCAAUGCAUGCAGCCGGCACAACCAAGUAUAAUGUGAAAGCCUCUUGCUACUCUAAUUGGCAAAAGUUUGUAUGUGUCUUUGACAUUUCGUUAUGUUCAGUACUCCGGUCCAAACACCUUCCUCAUGGUAGACAAAUCUUAUCAUUGUGUCAAUGCAUGCGCUCUCUUGCAUCCAAACAUACAUUUGUAUAUAAGGAAAGAAUGACGAUGCUCCGGUGCAAUCCUUCUUCUAUACUACUAUUAAAAGAGCAAACAUAAACUCCCCUAAAGCCACACAACAAAUUGUACACGGGAUAAGCAGGACCUCCGAUCAAAUCAAAUUAAACAUAUCCUACUGUCCAUAUUAUGUAAAUGGUCUGCCACCCAGAUCAACGGUUUAGAUCAGAUGUUCUGCCGAGCAGACGCCGCGGUUUGCCAAUUGUCCUAGCGCUCCGCGUCCCGGAUUGAUUCCACCCGAAUCGCGUUGACGAGCUGUUUAUCCCGCUAAUUUCUCUGCUCCAGGCCUCACGCUCGAUCUCCCUCCCAAUUAAUCUCAUCUUCUCCUCCGGAGCGCCAGGCUUGCUUGCCCGAUCUGGCACCGUCCGCCGCCGCUGGGCCUCGCCUAGACCACGCGUCGCCGGCGCUGCCGGCUGUCCGCCCAAACGCCUCCCUCUCCUCUCCCGUUUCUCUCCUUCGCCCGUUGCCGUCGUCCGUCCGACCGGCCGCCGCGCCACGCGCGCCGCCGCACCGGUGCGUCGCCUGCCGAAGCAUGCUCUCACGCCGGCGACCUGCGCCGCCCCACUGCCGGCCCUCCUGGACGCCAUCUUCACCACCGUUCCUCCUAUCCGCCGUCGCACCGGUGCAUCGCCCGCCGGAGCAUGCUCUCAAGCCAGUGACCUGCGCCGCCCCACCGCCGGCCCUCCUCGACGCCACCUUCACCGCCGCUCCUCCUAUCUGCCGCCGCCCCACGCACGCCGUCACCACACACCUCUAGCCGGCGGCCUCUCCUUACGCGUGUGUCGCGGGUCGACGCCUGCCGCUCCUCUGUGGUCUCGCCUGAUAGCCCUGUCAGAUGCGGGGAGGAGGACGAGGUCGCCGCAGAGAGGUCGCCCCGCCUGCUACCGGAUCCGCUCAUGGACAUCGUGCCGCGCAUCGACGUCGGCACCAAGCAGUGCCUCCCGCUCCGAAUGCGUCAGGCAAACCGCUCUGAAUCGUGCAGUGAUAUUUUGAUCUAAUUGUUCCAGAGGUACGCAGUUGCUUUUCUCUGCUAAUAACAUCUUGGAGGUGGCAUGCCUUUGGUGAAGGAAUUGGAAGCUGGCGUUGGUUUUAUUAGAGGAUCCGUCCAGGUCAGACGUUCUUAUCACUAAAUAUGGUGAACGGGGGUCUGAAAUGGGAACUGUCAAUUACAGGCAUGCGUAUUGUUUGACAUUCUUCAGAAGUAGUGCUAGGCAUGCGUAUUGUUUGACAUUCUUCAGAAGUGCCAUUUCCUGUCAAGUUGAAUGAGAUGCUAUUGACAUCUACCAUCUGAAAAAAAGGAGAUUGGUUUGUGUUGUGCAAUUGGGUUGACUAGGCUUUUAUUAAUUUUACAUUCAGGAAGAUAUGCUCCUCCGCGUGAGCCACACCAAUCUCAAAGGCCUCUUCCACUGUCGGUCAGCUCUCCACCCCCAUCUCCGCUCACUGAUUUCCUUCACUUUCGAAAUUUCUGUGGAUUAUACUCUCCUGUGCAAUUGAUAGUGAGAAAUCGAAUGCGAGGUUUACUGAUGAUAAGCUUCAACUAUGUAGUGGUCUCUUGCAUGGCUUAUCGGAUUUCGUGUAAUUUGCAAAUAAUAAACUGACAAUACAGCAAAACUUACUGAAGACAUCUUUUCUUUCCAGUCAAAGGUACUUCAUCAUGCUUGCUACUAUAAGGAAGGAAGUGGAACCACGGUUCAUAAAUAAUAAGAUUUUUCUGUUUGUUUUUUAUUCACACUGUACUGCAACGGUUAUCUACUUGCAAUCAACCACUACAUCUAAUGCUUCCUAGAUCUGGAACGUCAAGGUGUGGUUUCCUUGUUUUUCACUAUUCCAUUUGACGCUUCAUUUUCAAAAUACAUGAAAAUUCCUUGGAGAAAUGUCUACUUUAUCUACAACAAUUAUCGCUACUGUCUUAUUGAAGAACUGAUUCCAACGACUAGAUUGUGACAUGAUGAAAUGCCCCCUCUAUCUUCAAGGAUUGCUAGGAAUAUUUUUGGUAUUUUGGUAAUGCUAUUGGAGUGAGUUUGCAAUGCCUAUUUGAUAAUGAUCAUUGCGUGAUUUUUUCAGUCAGAGAGAGAUUUGUGCCAAAAACAAAUGCACAAAUACCAAAUUUUCGAACCCUCUUGAAAUUAAUGUAUUUGGUUAAAUGACACCGUUGUAUGGCAUUAUUGUACAAAGACGUGAUGCUGGAUCAUGCGAACAAACUUAGUGGUGUAUAUACUUGCAUAGGCAAUUUGUGAAGCUUACAUAUUUGAUAUUUGAGAUGAUGUUUUUGAUGGUAUAUCAUUUGUUAUGUUGAUGCAAAUAACCUUGACAUAUGCCUAUUUUAUUGACUGUUUUUUUUCAGAAUUUUUUGUCGACCUAUUAAAUUUCCCAAUCUUUUUGCAGCGAUGUGCACCUAUUAAAUUUUCUCAAAGAAAAAAUGACUGUUAUAUGUCAGCUUGUCAGUUCAGACGAUCAGAGGAGCAUCUUCAUCUUAUCAUAUCUUUGCCUGUAGUGCCCAAUAUUGCUAUGUUAUGUGUAUAGUUGAAGAUGUAGCUGCACAGUGAUUUCUUAUGGCCUUCUCAAUUUCAGUUAUUACUUCAGAUUUUGUCUGAUAUUUGGCUGAGCAAAAAUUAUAUCCAUCAGAUAGCUUGCUAUUUCCCCAGUGGUGCAGAUUUUCUCUGAAAUGAUAUAUCAGCUAAACAUUCUGGAUAUGCGUGUGUUCUUGCAAAUGUACUCAAAGCCUCAACCUAGAUUUUGUCGGAACCAAAGUUCACUUCUGAUAGAGUACGUGUUCUGCCUAUACCUUUUCGGUUGCUACAUGAUUUUGUUUGGGUACUGAGUAUAUAGCAUGUUAAAAAGGGCAAAAUGUUUAAAAAUAUUUUAUAAUUAGGAACAAGAUCAAUUUCGUUCAUUUACAUGAAAACAUUCUUUGCAAGUUCCCCUGCUCUCACAAAAGGAACACUCUGGUAUACUUCCAAAAGCAUUACAUAGGUUAUGACAUGGCACUUAGGUCACUAAGCCCCCAGUGUUUUAUUUUGUACUCUUGUUUAUUCUCUUCCAAUUUUUGAGCCAAGGUCAGCAGUAAAAUGUAUCUGGUCCAUAAUAAUUGUUCUUUACACAACAAACACAAUACAGUUUUAUUUUCCUUCCCGAUUUAUAAUUUGUAUUCCUUGCAAAAAUGACAUGGAACUAUAGAUUAUUCUUGAACCAUAAUAAUGUGCAUAAUGGUGCUACAAUCCGGCACUGUUGUUAUUUCAUAUUAGUUAGUAUAGUAUGAACAGUAUGCAGUUUUGUUUCCUUGGAACCAAGUAGGUACCUGGAGUUUUAUUGCUUGGGAUGUGUAACCUACUCUGAACAUGCAACUCAAUCACACAUGUUUGGAGCAAAGCAUUUUUUUUUUCAUGUCUAUGCACUUAGUUUGGUACAGUUUUGAGAUUUCAUGUCUAACUUACUUUCACAUUUUGUUGUAUAAUAUGGAUCCAGAGCCUAUGACCAAGUUUCUGUCUGUGUGUUACUUGACUAUCAAUCUGUGUGACGAAAUUGACUAAGGUGCUGUUGUAUGUAAUGUGUUUUUGUUAAGUCUGUCUGUAUGGUUGAGAAGUCCAUUGCGUGCGCAUGUUCGGCGGGAGACAUGGUGCUCAUAUGGAAAGAAAAAUAUCUGCAAAGCUAUAUUUAGCUCAAAUUAAGAUUGGAGUUACAUUAUUGCACUUGAUCA